AUGCCCCGCAGAGCACGUGCUAAACGGCGAAAGCUUGCGGCCUCCCCACCGUCUCUGGGUGCUAAAAUUGUGACCGAAGACAUUGCAGGUGCCAGCGUAUGUUCUUCGCCGUCCGCAGAUCUGAUUAACUCACAAAUCCCUUUAGUACAUGUAGAACCUCUUGACCCUUCAGUCGUCCAACAGUACGCCUCUGCUAGUCGUAGCAGGCCAUCAGCCGGCGAAAUAGUCGACCAGUUGAUCUAUGGCGACAUAAACAGCACUUCUGACAAAGUCAUUGAACAAGCUUUUAAACUUAUUGGGGUAACAAUUUCGGAAAGUGAGGAAAGAAUUAAACGCAAGCAUAAUUUCGUACUGCGAAACAUUCCGAACCAAUUAUCUGCUAUGGAGGGAGCGCAUGUGUUCCUACAAAGUUGUGGCUUGAGUAUCAGUGUCGCACAAGCUAAGCGACUUCGCUCGCUGAGCCGUAAUGCGCCGAUACUAGUGACCCUUUUCUUCAUGAUAGAAGUCGAUUUUAUCUUGUCGAGUAGGGAGAUAACUAGAGACUUCUGCCGUAAAUGGCGCUGCUACGUUUCGCCAGACUUCACACCCCUGCAGCGAAGACUGAAUAAAUUUAUUUCGGCAAAAACCAGCACUAAGAUAAUGACAUCUACUGUCAGUCUGAAUAAGUCCUCUACAACACCAUCUGCGGCAUCUGCACAUCAUGGCAUAGUCAAUUCCGUAGGAAACUCGACUACUUUUAAUGCUGAGCUCUUUAAAAACACCAUCACGCCUGGUAUAAACACGCCUCUAUCGACUCCCCCAGCAACUCCUAGUAAGCCUAAACAUGUGUCUAAGUUAAAGGCAAAUCCAAUUGCUGUCUCAGCCACUCGGACACCCAAUAAAUCCAGCACCAUUAUAAAAUCUUUUCCUCCACAAUCGGCUAACAGUGCCUAAAAUACCCCGACUCAAAACGUAGCGGGUUCGCAACUGCCCCCCAGCCCUCAUAUCGAGGCAGUUAGGCCGAAAUGCCGAUUUUUCCGCCGUUUAAUAAAACUCUUGCUCCAAUGUAAACAAUGCGUCCCCCACCCCCUAAAUUGUUUCCUCCACGGCCGUUUUACCAAUUUAUGCCUCAUGAUAAUGUCCAUACUGAAUCAGUUAAUUCAUCCUAUCCUCAGUUUCGUUCUGGCGGGAAUACGUUGCAGUAUCUGGCCCGCGGAUUUCCAGCUGAAAAUAAGUUAGCUAACAAUGGUUACCAGUUCACCUGCCCGUCAUUCCCUCCCCCAAGUCCUACUCAUUUUAUCCGCGUCAGAAGCUUUCGAUGCCACAAAAUUUUUUGCAAAACCGGAUGGUUGCAUCCGGACCAUUUGCUCCGUGGGCAGCCCAGAACUGGACGAUGUAGCCCACCUCCCUCAGAAACAAACGGGCUCUCCCUUCAAAGUUUUUGUUUUAAAUGCCAGAUCCUUGCUUAAUAAGAUGCCUUUGCUUCAGACUCUAGUCUUCGUCCAUUGUCCAGAUAUCGUUUUAAUAACUGAGACCUGGGCAUCUGCAUCCGUAGCUUCUAAGCUCUUAUUUCUUUCGAACUGACCGCCAAGAUAGCCGUGGUGGUGGCUGCUGCGUCUACGUUAAGCAAACACUUACAUUUUUGCCGUUGGACCUCCCGCAAUUUUCCGCAGUAGAAGGCAGCUGCUGGCUCCAGGUUGCACUAAAAAAAUAAGUUCUCCUUACUCGUUGGCUGCAUUUAUCGUCCUCCCAACGCCAACGACAAUUCUGAUCGUUUACUCUCACAGGCAUUUCAUGCUGCGGCCGACUCAAGCUUUAAGUAUCAAUUGGUUGCGGUUGACUUUAAUCUCCCCGAAGUCCGCUGGUCUCCGCCUUCAGGCCCAAGAAGGUUCGAAGACAUUCUUGAGGCUGUAGAUGUUGGGAUGUGGAAUCAGGUUGUCGAUGUUCCCACCCGAGGCUCAAGCAUACUUGACUUAAUUUUCGUUAAAUUCGUUAAAUGUCUCGAAACUUUUCUCUAGAAAAUUACGAACUCAUAGAAAGACGCUGCAUCCCAUCCUCCGAGACGCUCUCGGAAAUCCCAUAGUUGAUGCCCAGUUAACCGCUGAUAGCUUCAAUGAUUUCCUGUCCAAGACGUUCAUUGAAGACUCGACCACUCCGCUUCCGACCAUCCAGCCAUUGACCGGGGCAGUUCUAGAAACUAUGACUUUCACUCUGUGGGAUGUGCCUAUUGCGAUUCGGCGUUUUCGUCAAUCUUAUAGUCCAUGCCCUGAUGGUGUCCCAGUAAGCAUUUUAAAAGCCGAUGCAAACACGGUCUUCCCAUCCCUCUUAUGCAAGAUAUUUAAUCUUGCUAUUGAAAGUGAAACUUUUCCUACCUUGUGGAAGGAAUCACACAUUCUGCCCAUUCCUAAUCACGGCAAAUCUACAUCAUUUGAUGACUUUCGGCCAAUAAACACCCUCCCCGCAGUUUCGAAGAUCUUAGAGACACUGAUCAAAGAUAAAUUUAUGUGUCACUUAACAGUCACUAACCUGCUCAGUGCUGCUCAGCAUGGAUUUCUCAAAGCUCGAUCUUGUGACACCUGUCAACUUUCUUUCUUUGACAAUGUUCUCCAAUCUAGGGACAAUGGUUUUGCACUUUGCACUGUAUAUUUCGAUUUCACUAAGACUUUUGAUCGUGUUGACCAUGCUCUUCUUCUCUUUAAACUGUCCUCUUUCGGAAUAGGUGGCAAACUUUUGAAGUUUAUAUCCUCUUACCUGGACACUCGUACACAACGAGUUAAGAUUUCCAAUACCAUCUUCAACCCCACACGUGUGAGGUGUGGAGUCCUUCAGGGUAGUGUACUCGGCCUGCUUUUAUUUUGCCUUUUCGUUAAUGAUGUACCCGAUUUAUGUCAGAAUGGUAAGCCUUUCAUGUAUGCCGAUGAUCUUGAAGUUGCAUAUCGAUAUAAACCGGCAGAUCGUGACAUAGUGCUUAAGCUCCUAAAAAUCGACCUGCAGGCUUUCGUCCAGUGGCGCCUUUCUCUUUCUUGGCACAAGUGCUCAGUCAUGGUGGUUGGCGACGACCACCAGCCUCAACUAAAUAUUGAAGGUCACUCCAUAAAUGUGCCCAGGGUUAUAAAAGAUCUGGGCAUAUCAUACUCCAAGAGUCUCAAUCUCUCGGAGCACUGUGCCUCGAUAGUCUCCAAAGCACGCAGAACGACCGGGUUUAUCCUCCGAAACUUUAAAACUAGGGACAUCAGAAUGCGCCUUUACAACAUGUACGUUAGACCUGGUCUGGAAUACUGCUCGUUUUUAUUUAGCCUCAUGCGUGCUACUGAGUGGAAGAAAAUAGAAUCCGUUCAACACUUUUUACCAAGAGAAUUCUAGCCGCGGAACGCCGACAUUUGUCUUACCAAGAACGUUGCCGGCUUACGGGCCUUGAUCCUUCAUGGUUCCGAAGAUUACAAAAGGGACUAUUUUUGCUAUUUAAACUCUUAUAUAGUCACACAUUUAACCCACUCACUUCUUUAAGACAUCAUAUCCACCCACGACGUAACAGUCACCGUGAGGUCUUCUUACUUCUGCCUCUGGCACGUACUGUUAAAUAUCGUCGGUUCUAUUCUGUAAAUGCAAUUGCUAUUUGGAAUAAACUACCAAUGAGUGCGAAAACUCUGCAAAAUUAUCCUUUAUUUAAGAGAACUAUUACUCGAUUUUUGCAUUCAGAAAAGCUUCCUCAAAUUUUGUGUGCUGAAUCCACCGAACGACUGCACCGUAGCGAUGGCGUUUGUGGUCUCUGAACACUAUGGCCGGUCUCACCAGCUGUUCCUCAACGCCUCUACUUUGACUAUCCCCAAUUUCAUGAAAGGAAUUGACAGCCGAUGAUCUCCGAUACCGUGCAAACCCCCUCCCCCCCCCCUUCUUGACGGUCCAAUAUAUGCCGCCAGCAGUUUUUUUUCCUGAACCUUUCAAACCAUAAAAACCAUCAUCAACUAUAUUUUUAUUCUUCAGGAGUUUUUUUCACUGCUGGUCGGAUUAGUGUUUAAUCGCUUCCCUUGACAAUGCCUGUAAACUGGCAUUUAACAAAUUAAAUUAAAAUUAAAAUUAAAUUAAAGAGGGCAUGGUCGUACCGACUCGGGCCCGCUGCCAUCGGAUCUGGUUGUAGUGACGAACUCAGAUGUCAUCACUAACGUCGACAUUAUACAACAUACUGCCUCCAUGUGCUACUAUUGUUACCCCAAUCCGGUCUGGGAACCCAAUUCGAUAAACAGGAGCGAAGACAAGUGUUCUGACGGAAAACUUGUUCCGAGACAGGCGAAGUUAUCUGCGCGGUGUGCACCUUGACAGGAAUGAGUGCAUGAAACGUUGUACGUAGUUUUCAGCCCAUCAAAGCUUCGACAGGAGAAAUGCCACGAGGGGACGCCGGGUUCGGUUUUGUCCUCUAAGAAAACAGGAUAGCCUGGACUAUCUCCUCCGUGGUCUCCUUCCCACGAGCUUUCAAGAGGGCUCUCUUAAACGUGUCGACAAAUCUCUCCGCCUGACCGUUAGACUGAGGAUGGUUGGGCGGGGAGCGAUGAUGCUGGAUGUUGUAUUGGUGGCACAAAUCCUCAAAUGUCGACGAAGUUUACCGAGAGCCAUUAUCUGAAACCAGGACUUCCAAUAGGCCAUGCUGGCUGAAAACGCGUCGUAUGAAUGAGAUAGUGGCAGAUGCGGUCGCUGGAUUUAGCGGGACAAUAUUGGGCAUAUCGAGUAGGCGCAAACCACGAUUAGGUAUGCGAGUCCUUCAAGUGGGCCAGCGAAGUCGAUAUGCACGCGUGACCUAGGCCUCUAUACUGGUUGCCUGGGUGCUGGUGAUUGACGAAUCCGCAUCUUGCCAGCUUGUUAACAUCUUGAACACCUUCAAACUAGGUCGUCGAUGUCGCUGACGAUACCCGACUAGAAAGAUUGUCAACAUGGUUUGAGAUUUGUCAAUGACGUGAAGUGACGACCGUGCGACAGCUUGUGGAACUUCUUGACGGCAAACACGUGGGCUAGAGCUUCCUUCUCUUUUUGCCCGUAGUUCUUCUCCGCAGGAGUUAGCGUGCGAGAUGCAGGCAUGAUUGCCUUUUCAAACGUGUCAGGAAAAGUAUGUGAGAUGACGAUACCAAAUCCAUGGUUUGGAGCAUUCGCAGCAGCAGCGAUCGGUAACGUCGGGUCGUAGUGUGAGAACAGCAGAUCUGAACUCAGCAUCGAUUUUAGCUGUGCGAAGUUCUUUUAACAGUCGGAGGACCAGCUCAUGUAGCAUCGUUCUGCAGCAGAUGUUCGAGUGGGGCAGCGAGGGCAGGCGGGCGCUAGAGUAACUAUGCAGCUCAAGGAACGGACGACGUUGCGAUACAAUCUUGAGGCAGUCGUCCGUUGGAUGGCACGAAUGUUUUCGGGACCUUGAUGGCGACCAGUGAAAUCAAAAACGUAUCCAAGAUACCUUAUGGAGUACAGAAAGAAUUGGUUUUUUUCCGCUCGCACGCGUUCGCGUACUGCGUACACUCGGUUUUGCAAUUGGGCAGGGGAGCGUCCCACGAUGAUGAUGCCGUCUAGGUGCCCCGCUGUGCGAAGAAUGCCGAAGAGCAUUGCGCUCAUCGUUUGUUGAAAUUCAAUUCAAUUCAAAUGUAGCCGGGGCGGUAUUAACAUCAAAGGGCAACCUGGUAUACUGAAAGAGACCGUGGUGGGUGUCGGUGGUAAAUUAUUCGCGCGACUCUGGUGCGACCCCGAUCUGCAAAUUCGCAUCAGCGAGAUCCAACUUGGUAAAGCAAGCACCACCAUUCAGCACGGUUAAAAUAUCAACCGGAAAGGGCAGUGGAUAGCAGGCCGGUGGAGAGGUCAGCACAGAUGCGGAUCGAACCAUUGGGCCUCUUAAAGACAGCCAUUGGAGCGGCUCAGGCGGAGUAGGAUACAGGAACUAGAACUCCUAGUUCCUCCAGACGUUUCCGUUCAGCCUCGACAAGUGGUGAGGCUGCAUAAGGGUCUGGUCGCUUUGGACUGAAGAUUGGUUGACUUCUAAGAGACAGAUGUAGCACGGCUUAAGUGUAUGUGCAACGACCCAGGCCUUCUUGGAUUACUGGGACAAACCGUUGGAAAAUGCCCUUGGCUGGAUCGGAAACCACCGCGGGAAUCUUUAUCUGGCUGAAAACAACGACGAGCGUCAUAGCGACCAAACCAAACUGUUAAAUCCUGUGGAGGCCAAGUACGUUGAAGUCAGACUUGGUGACGAAGCAGACCGCAGUGAUGUAAGUACCGCGGAUCGAGACACAGCAUUGCAGUUGCCCCAUUAGCUGGACUACACCACAGCACCUAGCUGUGGCGGACUGGGAAUUCUGAUGCAUCGUAUGGCCGCCAAUAGACUGCCAGAGUCUCUCCGAGAUGAUGGUGAGGUCUAAGACAGUGUCCAGUUGUAGGUAAAUUGCGUGGCCAUUUAGCAGGGCGUAAACAAACCUCCUACGACCCGCCGCAUUGAGAUGAAAAGUGGCCAAGUGACUGAGUGAAUUUCCGACGGACUGGGAUUUGGACUUGCGCUUUGACCAGAAACGGUGCCUGGGACUAGAAGUGGCAGGGGCGGGCUUGCUUCUAGAAACUGGUGUUGAUUCGCGGAAUCUAUGACGGUGUCCAACCUGAUUACAGCCUUGGAAGAGAUGCUGGCGAAAUGUGCAGUCCCGAUGGAAAUGCCAUGCGUCGCAGUACCCACAAGCAGAUGGUGGCGAUCUCGCCUUGCACACCUGAGAGGGCCGCGUAACAGGAAGCGAUUUGGCCGCUGUGACCGUAUGGGCUGAGCAGGAUUUGACAGGGUUCUGGGUCAUGGUUGAGUGGUGCUUGAGGUUUGUCAACAUUUGACACUCCGCCACCUGCUGUUGGAUUGUGAUUGACUUGUCCUGCUACACUUUGGAUAGCACACGUCUUUGGGUGUCAGCAUCCUAAUGGGCAGGAGGCAUUUACUCUGGUCUCCUGUGAGAGAACCGAGUUAAAACGCCCACACUUACGAUUGGCAAUGCCGGCAUACGUGAUGAAGUCGUCAGAUUCCCGUUUGCACAUUUAAAGGCAUUGAAACUGAGUGUUGAACAGAGAUGACUGCUCACGGAAAAUCAGCGACAACGUCUGCAUCGUAUCCGUAAAAUUGACUUCUUGGGGUUCUUAGGGUGAAUGAAAUUAGCAUGACGCUCCUGUUCAACCAGGCCCAGACUGCGGAGUAGGAACCGUACUUUCCAUUUAUUGUCCCGGGUAGCCAUACCGACAGAGGACAAGACUUUGCAUCUUUUGUACCAGGAAUCAAAGGUGAUUCGGGCCGGUGGGUCAUACAGAAACUCAGUGAUGCUGUCGACAAUGUGAUCGACAGAAUGUGAACCACCUAUCGCGCUUGAUUGGCUCAUGGAUAAGUUGGACAGCGUAACGGACGGAGUUCCAUCUGCUUCAGCUUUUGUUGCAAAAUCUGCUGUCUCUCAAUUGGGCAAUAAUUACAAUGGAUAUGGGUGCAAUGCAGACUCUGCGUAUACAAAUACCCUUGAUAUAUCUCCCCACGUCCGACAAAUAUCACCGAAAGACACUCGCAAAUGUGGUUUCAUAUGUAACAAUUUCAUCUUAAAUGCACUUAGAAUACAACUUUUCAAAAUGUAUGCUUUACCUCUACUAGAUUAUUGUUCAGUUUUCUUCGGUAUAAUGCCCUCAGACGGUCGAAAGAAACUAGAAGGCAUUCAGCGACGUUUCACUUGAUCUUUGUCCAAAAGGGAUAACACCCAAGGUUCAUACUUAGAACUAUAUCAUAAAUACGGUCAUCGACCACUCUGAAUCAGAAGACUCCAAAAUGAUCUAAACUUCCUAUUUAAGGUCACUCAUGACCAAAAUAUUCUCAAAAUGAAUUUACUAGCAAACCGAAACGCCCCCAGAAGCACCAAAAAUAACGAAGAUAUUGUAAGGAUACCCAAAUUCACAAAGUCCCAACGGUCGAAUUUCUACACCAUAAGAUAUGCCACUAUCUGCAAUGCUCUUCCAAGUUCUAUCCGGAAAAGUCGAACCCUAAUCGAGUUUAAAAUAAAAACUAAGAAAUUCCUUUCAAAUAACAAUACACAUUUAUUUUUGAAUAAAAUAGGACAUUUUUCAAGUCAAUUCUUUAAUCUAGAAUUUGGUACGAAAGGGUUCUGAUGAUACCAGCCGCUUGUGAAACACCGGAACAUAGCACUAAAAAUAAUCAAAUGUAUGAAAGAUAGCAUCAUUGAUAAACAUAGAACAAAUAGUGAUAUUCUUUCUUUCCUCCCUUCAUCGUUUAUAUCGGUUAUAUAACCUGACACUAAAUAUCCCUUAAGGAGCUAAGACUAACAUCCAUUUCGAUAAAACCCUACUUAUUAGUUGUACGUAAGUCUAUAUUAAAGUUAUACUAAAAAGAUGUACAACUAUAUUAGAUCAUAGUAAACAGUCGACCAUUAAUUCUAUAGUGUCAUAUUCACAAGAAUCAAUAUGAUACAUAAUUCAAUAUUAUUUUGACAACUUUGAUUGUGACUUACUAUUGAAUGUAUCUCACUCCUGAAAUAUAUUAAUCUUUUCCAGCACUUAGUCCGGACAAUUAUGACAAGCCUCCAGGAAAACACGAAGGAAAUGUGCGACCGCCGAUUUACAGCUGGCCAGAUGGACUGACUGUAGGAAGUUCUAGAAGGCCCUACCACGUGCGGCCGCCAUCUUGGAGAAGGUUCAAGAAAGCGCGCCCCUAAAGGGGCGUGCCGGCCGAACUUUCCAAUAUUUAUACGCCAGGCGUUUAGUCGCAAUUUGGCCACUCACGAAAAGUAUACAUAUAAUAAAUUAUUAUAACGUUAAAAUUAAGGAAGAUAGCCCUGGCAUAAGUUUGUUUAACUUUCCACCCUCGAUCUACCCUCAACCAAUCAACAAUGGCGGACCCAAUCUUGUCGACUUCCGCUCUGGAAAAGCUAUAAAUACGGGCGAGGAUUAACCCCCAACAACCCCGUGGCAGGCCGCCAACCUUCGGACGUGGGACCUCUGUCGCUGUCUUCGUUGGAUCCCCGUGCCUCCGCCAAUUCCGCUGGACAACCUCUCCUUCCCCCAGUUUAUUUUUUGUAAUUAGGUUUCCCCUAUUAGUCUCCUAUUGUACAUAGGCGUUCCAGUACAUAGAAGUUACCAAAGCCUUACUUUCCUGGGCCGUCUCUCGUACUGACAUUCGGACUCGUUACAUAUUGGUGGCAGCGGUGACCACUAUGUCGGACAAUCUAGUGGCCAAACUGGUUAAGGAGCUGCAGAAGCUGGGUCUGCAACAGCCGUCUGCAAACAUGCCACAAUAA